AUGGUAGACGCAGAAAGAGCGGUGACGCCGCCGAGAACAGCUCGACCGGGCUCUAUACCACGGUCACCGAUGACGCCAGAAAAGAUUCGACGCAUGGAAGAAGCGCGUCUAAGAGCGAAAGCCUUACGAUCACAGCAGCUUGCAUCGAAUCAAGAAGCACCGACAAAUCGCACGCCCUCAGGUUUCAUCGCCGGACAGAAACGAGCGCACAUAGCUCUAUCUGGAUCCUCGGUAGAACCAAACCAACGCGACGCUCGGCAGACUCUUUCUAGCGACAAAGAUGGCUUCAGCAAACCGGCACGCGAUUCAGGCAUCGAAGCAGCCAAAAAGUUUCAAAAGUUUGUCGAAUAUGACUUCAGUAAGAUGACGGACACCAAGGGUGGAUUCUUGACAGCCGAGGACGAUCCACACAACAGAGCACUUCAUACACCAAAUCAAGAGCAGAAGCCUGCCAACAUGACGUUGAAGGAAUGGGAAAAGGCGCAGCUGAUCAAGAAGUUAAAGAACGAAAGAGCUGGCCCUUAUGAGCCAGGACUCAGUGCGCUGGGGGCGGCGAAGGAGCAGAAGAAAUGCAGAGAGUGCGGCACUUUGGAGAUCGAUUGGAAGUGGGACGAUGUGUUUGGGUGUCAGGUGUGCAAAGCGUGCCAGGAGAAGUUCCCUGACAAGUACAGCUUGCUCACCAAGACGGAAGCACGAGAAGACUAUCUCCUCACGGACCCAGAACUCAAAGACGAGCAACUACUACCACGGAUGGAGAAGGCAAAUCCGCACAAGUCAACAUGGAACAACAUGAUGUUAUAUCUACGAUACCAGGUUGAAGAGUAUGCGUUUUCAGAAAAGAAAUGGGGCAGCGCGGAAGCACUGGACGAGGAGUUUGAAAAGAGGCAGGCCGAGGCCAAGCGGAGAAAGGAGGCCAAGUUCAAGAGCAAGUUGAACGAUCUGAAAAGGAGAACACGGGUGGAUGCAUACAAGCGCCAAAAGGCGGGGGUCGAGGGAGGAAAGUUUGGAGACAAGCUUUGGGGCUCAAAGCACGAACAUGAAUGGGGUCGAGCGGUCGAGAAUCCAGAGAGUGGAGCAAGCGUCAAGACGUGCGUCGAGUGUGGCAUGGAGGUUGAGGAGCUGGAGUUCUGA